AUGCUCAGUGGAGAGCACAUAGAAGUGGGAGAGGGCAGAGCCGGGGGGAAACUUGCAGCAGACACUGCACGGGAAGGGGUAAGUGAGGUUGUGGGGGAAGGGGCAGCAGAGGCUAGACGGAAAAGGGCAGUAGAGGCUGUACGGGAAGGGGCAGGAGAGGCUGCAUGGGAAGGGGGAGCAGAGGCUGGAAGGGAAGGGGCAGCAGAGGCUGCACGGAAAGGGGCAGCAGAGGCAGCACGGGAAGGAGCAAGUGAGGUUGUGGGGGAAGGGGCAGCAGAGGCUGCAGAGGAAGGGUCAGCAAAGGCUGCACGGGAAGGGGCAGCAGAGGCUGGAUGGGAAAGGGCAGUAGAGGCUGCACGUGAAGGUGCAGCAGAGGCUGGACGGGAAGGGACAGCCGAGGUCGUAGCGGAAGAGCCAGCGGAUGCCACACAAGAAGGAGCAGCGGAGGCUGCAGUGGAGAGACAAGCAGAAGCUGGAGGGGAAGGGGCAGCAGAGGCGAGUGCAGCAAGAGGAAGUGCAGUGGGAGGUACAGCAGGGGAGGAGGAUGCAGGGGCUGCAGAGCAUGGGGGUGGAGCAGAGGUGGGUGCAAGAGAGAGUGCAGCCCCGGCAGCAGUAAAAGAGGGCGCAACAAGGGCUGCAGCGAGGGAGGGGACAGUUGAGGCUGCUCCGGCAGCGGUUGGGACAAUAGCUAGGGCAGAAGGCGCCUCCAUGGGAGUGAAAAGUGCCGCAGUAGGUGCUGGCAGUGACGAGCCAGCAGGGAACGCAGGCGUAGGGGAGAUGGGGGCAGCAAGAACAGGGGAGGUAGGGGGGGAUCCUCAAGGGGGGCUGGUGAUACUUACAGAGCAGGAGGCACGCGAGGAUUUCAUGCACAUUGACGGCCCACUGGUUGUCUAUCUCACACUUGCCUCUGAGGCGGACCGAACUGUGCAAAGAAAGUUUUAG